AUGGCCAUCUCAACUGCCGUCUUUGCUUUGAAGCAAAGAAUAUUUGACCACGCUCUGCAGUCGACUGCCAUCUCAAUUCUCCUCCUACCCCUCAUCUACGUCAUUGCAAAUGAAUUCAUUCGCUCCAAGGCCAGGAUAGCAAAACUAGACGGUCCUGGAGGGCUGCCACUCAUCGGCAACCUGUGGGAUAUCCGGGUCAACGCGGCUGAGCAGUACCGUAAAUGGGCCAAGAAGUUUGGCUCUGUCUACCAGAUCCAACUAGGCAAUGUUCCUGUUGUUGUCGUGAACUCUGCUUCUGCGGCCAGGGCUCUCUUCGGACAGAAUGCUCAGGCACUCAGUUCUCGCCCAGAGUUUUACACUUUCCACAAGACCAAUACCUUGGCAAUGAGGCUGAUUGAAGGACUUCAGGUUCUCUCAGAUACGGCUGGAACGACCAUCGGUACAUCUCCCUACAGCGACUCUCUUAAGCGUCGCCGCAAAGGCGCUGCUUCAGCCUUGAACCGACCCUCAGUAGCCACCUAUGUGCCGCAUCUCGAUGUCGAAUCGCGAGACUUCAUUAAGGAGCUUUACGAAUAUGGAAAGGCUGGACAGGCUCCCGUUGAUCCCAUGCCAAUGAUUCAACGCCUGUCAUUGUCCCUUGCCUUGACUUUAAACUGGGGUACUCGCAUGAGCAGUCAGAAGGACAACCUCUUCAAGGAGAUCACUCACGUCGAAGAGGAGAUUAGCCGCUUCCGUUCAACUACGGGCAACCUUCAGGACUACAUCCCUCUCCUGCGCAUUAACCCCAUCAACAUGCACUCCGCCAAGGCACGAGAGAUGCGCAGCAGACGCGAUGUCUACUUGACCGCCCUGAACAGAGGUCUGGAUGAGCGCAUGGCGAACGGCACUCACAAGCCCUGUAUCCAGGCCAACGUCAUCAUGGAUAAGGAUGCGAAGCUGAACCAGGCGGAGCUGACCUCCAUCAGCUUGACAAUGCUGUCAGGAGGACUCGACACCAUCACGACCCAGGUGGCUUGGUUCAUCGCCAUGCUUUCUCAGCGCCCAGACAUCCAAGACAAGGCUGCGGCCGCAAUUAGAGAAUUCUACAGCGAGAAGCAACCUCUCUGCGACGCCGAGGACGACCAACAGUGCAAGUACAUCGUGGCCUUGGUGCGAGAAUCUUUGAGAUACUACACUGUCCUUCGCCUUGCUCUUCCCCGAGCUUCGGUUCGUGAUGUUCCUUACGGACAGACCGUCAUCCCCAAAGGAUCAGUCAUCUUCCUCAACGCGUGGGCUUGCAACAUGGACUCUGAAGUGUGGACCGACCCCGAGGUCUUCCGCCCCGAGCGGUGGUUCGAGCAACCUGACGCGCCGUUGUUCACAUACGGCGUCGGCUACCGCAUGUGCGCUGGCUCUUUGUUGGCCAACCGCGAGCUCUACCUCGUCUACAUGAGACUUCUCAACAGCUUCAAGAUUGAGAAGCACGACGAUGUGGACCACCAUCCCGUUUCUGGCAACGCCGAUCCUACUUCCCUUGUAGCAAUGCCUAGGCCGUACAAGGCGAGAUUUGUGCCUCGCGAUACUAGCACAUUGAGUGAUGUGCUGAAGGCGACCGAAGAGAAGGUGUAA